GGGCGGAUUCGUAACUGCACCUGAUUCAGAGAUUUGUCCUGAAGAAAAUUUGCAUAUAGCUGCAGAAGCUACUGUGGCCACUGACUUCUGCAGUUCAUUCUUCAGGACCUGCAGGAACUCCAUGUUGUUUCAAAGGCCUACUUGAGUCUUCACAAGGCCAUUCCACCAUUCUAUCAAGCCAGCUGCUUUGGGAUGGUGGAGAACAUGGGAUCUGUGUCUUUUGAGGACGUGGCUGUGGAUUUUACUCGACAGGAGUGGCAGCAACUGGACCCUGCUCAGAGGACUAUGCACAAGGAUGUGAUGCUAGAGAACUACAGCAACUUGGCAUCUGUAGGCCUCUGCGUGGCCAAACCAGAGAUGAUCUUCAAGCUGGAGCAAGGAGAAGAGUUCUGGGUAUUAGAGGAGGAAUCCUCAGGCCAUGGUUACCCAGGAUCUCUUUCACUGCUGUGUGGCAACAAUUCUGUUGGGGGUAAUGCCCUCAGGCAUGAUAAUGACCUUCUUCAGCAUCAGAAGAUUCAAAUUUUGGAUCAAACUCUUGAAUAUAGUGGAUAUGGGAAAGUCUUGUACAAGAAAAUGGGCUUUGUUGGACAUAAAAGAACACAUACAAGAGAUAAAACCUUUGACUGUUAUGAAUGUGGGAAAACUUACUGUAGGAAAUCAAACCUUAUUGAACAUCUGAGAGUACACACAGGGGAGAAACCUUAUAAAUGUAAUGACUGUGAAAAAACCUUUAGUGCAAGAUCAUACCUCAUUGCUCAUCAUAAAACUCACACAGGGGAAAAGCCCUUUGAAUGUAAUGAAUGUGGGAAAUCUUUUGGUAGGAAGUCACAACUCAUUCUACAUCAGAGAACACACACAGGAGAGAGACCAUAUGAAUGUACUGAAUGUAAGAAAACCUUUUCUGAGAAGGCAACCCUCACAAUUCAUCAGAGAACUCACACAGGGGAGAAACCCUAUGAGUGUAGGGAAUGUGGGAGAAAAUUUCGUGUUAAAAUAUCCCUUACCCAGCACCAGAGAACUCACACUGGGGAGAAACCCUAUGAAUGUGGUGACUGUGGGAAAAACUUCCGUGCAAAGAAAUCCCUAAAUCAACACCAGAGAACUCACACAGGUGAGAAACCCUAUAAGUGUGAGGAAUGUGGGAAAUUCUUUAGAAUGAGGACUACUCUCAAUAAUCAUCAGAGAACUCACACAGGUGAAAAACCCUAUCAGUGUAAUGAAUGUGGAAAAUCAUUCAGGGUGCACUCAUCUCUUGGGAUACAUCAGCGAAUUCACACAGGAGAGAAACCUUAUGAAUGUAAUAAAUGUGGUAACGCCUUCUAUGUUAAAGCACGCCUCAUUGAACAUCAGAGAAUGCAUUCAGGAGAGAAACCUUAUGAAUGUGGUGAAUGUGGAAAGAUCUUUAGUAUGAAGAAAUCCCUUUGUCAACACCAGAAAACUCACACAGGAGAGAAACCUUAUGAGUGUAGUGAAUGCGGAAAUGCCUUUUAUUUGAAAAUACGUCUUAUUGAACAUCAGCGAAUUCACACAGGAGAGAGACCCUUUGAAUGUCAAGAAUGUGGGAAAGCCUUUUGCCGCAAAGCACACCUCACAGAACAUCAGAGAAUGCACAUAGGUCAGCGCUUGCCUUAUGCUGUGGAGAAAGUUUCUCUGUGA